GUCUCACUUGCCACCGGAACCCAGCAGCCAAAAGCACAAACGCUAGCUGAGACUUGCUGCAGAUUCAGAGUUUUCCCCUCGCACUCCUUCGGUCCAUAUGGCGUUCACCGAGGAGACAACGCACUUGGUCAUGAACCAUGUCGAGCACUGCGAGGAUGGCGGCGGCCUGGCAGUGGCCGGCUGGACCCCGUCUGGCUCCUGCACACUGUCCGUGCACGACGACCCGGCGCCGGAGACGCCACCGCCGCAUCCUCUGUCCGCUACGGAAGACGACGCCGACGAGCCCAGGCCGAGGCCCAGCGGGCGGUACGUGCUGGCGGCGCACCGUGCCGGCGAGAGGGACGGCCUCUGCCGGGAGCUCUCGCGCGCGCCGGCGGCCAAAGUCACGUACCGCGUGGCCGGGUGGGUCGGCCUGCAGGGCGCGGGGGCGGCGGACGGGUGCUGCCACGCCGUGCGCGUCGAGGUUUGCACGGACGACGGUCGCCCGGUCGGCGGCGGCGUGGUCGUGGCGGAAGCGGGGAAAUGGGGCGAGAUCAUGGGCUCUUUCCGGGUGGACGACGACGAGCCGCCGCGCUGCGCCAAGGUGUUCGUCCAUGGACCGCCGGCCGGGGUGGAUCUCAAGGUGAUGGACCUGCAGGUAUUCGCCGUGAACAAGAUCGCGAGGCUCAGGCACCUCAGGAAGAAAACUGACAAGGUGCGCAAGCGUGAUGUGGUGCUCAAGCUGGGGCGGCGAACGGGCGGCACGGCGAUCCGCGUGGUGCAGGUGGAGAACAGCUUCCCCAUCGGCGCGUGCAUCAACAAGACGGCGAUCCAGAACCCGGCGUUCGUGGACUUCUUCACCAAGCACUUCGACUGGGCGGUGCUCGAGAACGAGCUCAAGUGGUACUACACCGAGGCGGUGCAGGGGCAGGUCAGCUACUCCGACGCCGACGAGCUCAUCGCCUUCUGCGACCGCCACGGCAAGCCCGUGCGCGGCCACUGCAUCUUCUGGGCCGUCGAGAACGUCGUGCAGCCGUGGGUCCGCGCGCUCAACGGCGAUCAGCUCCGCGCCGCCGUGGAGGGCCGCCUCCGCAGCCUCGUGACGCGGUACGGCGGCAGGUUCCCGCACUACGAGGUGAACAACGAGAUGCUCCACGGCGCCUUCUUCCAGCAGAGGCUGGGCGACGACAUCAACGCGCGCAUGUUCCGGGAGACGGCGCAGAUGGACCCGUCGCCGGCGCUGUUCGUCAACGACUACAACGUGGAGAGCGCCAACGACCCGAACGCGACGCCGGAGCGGUACGUGGAGCUGGUCACCGACCUGCAGAAGCGCGGCGCGGCGGUGGGCGGCAUCGGCGUGCAGGGCCACGUGACGCACCCGGUGGGCGACGUGAUCUGCGACGCGCUGGACAGGCUCGCCGUCACGGGUCUCCCCGUGUGGAUCACGGAGCUGGACGUGUCGGCGGCGGACGAGGCGGUGCGCGCCGACGACCUGGAGAUCGUGCUCCGGGAGGCGUUCGCGCACCCGGCGGUGGAGGGGAUCAUGCUGUGGGGGUUCAUGCAGGGCAACAUGUGGCGCUCCCACGCGCACCUCGUCGACGCCGACGGGAAGCUCAACGAGGCCGGCCACCGCUACGUGGGUCUCCGGCAGGAGUGGACGUCGCACGCGCGGGGGCAGGUCGACGGCAGCGGCCACUUCAAGUUCAGGGGGUUCCACGGCAAGUACGUCGUGCAGCUCACCACCGGCGCCGGCGAGAUGAAGUACCAGCAGUUCGACGUCGGCAAGGGAGAUGGCCCACUCGUGCUCGACAUGGAUCUCUAGCCAGCCAACUCCAUCAUCGGGGGGGAUUCAUACGUUCAUACGUGUAGUACAUAGAACGGUUAAGUGCAUUGCAUAUAUACGGAUUAUAUUGGGAUUGGGAUUAUUUUUUAGAUCGAUCAGAAGAGAUGUGAUGUUGUUUUAUGUUGUGAUUAUAGGGCCUUGGCGUGUCCGUGUGUGGUAAUUUAAACCGUAAAAGAGGGUAUUGGAUUUGUAUUUGCUACCUACAGAUUUGCAGUAAAUAAACGACCAAUUUAAAGUACCA